GCAGGCUAGCUUCCAGCAUCUCCAGGUCUCCUCACGCUCCUCUAUCGCCGUCGCAUGAGACCAAACCUCGGACGGACCCCUAGCGCAAUCUCUUCUCAUAUACCGCUCCGGCUCCCGCCAUGGCCGGCAUCAAGACUAUCAUAGGACUCUCCUUCGUCCUUGCUAUCGGCUUCCUGCUUGUGAUAUUGAGCGCUGCGCUCUUCCACAACUACCUCACGCUUCUCGUCGUAGCGACGUACGUGAUCGCACCAUUGCCGAACUGGAUAUGCGGGCGCGCGGCGAAUCCAGAUGACUUUAUGGAAAGCGCGGGGAGUGGCGUUGUAGACUUUGGGAGGUUCUUGACUGGAUUUUUUGUUGUUAUGGGUAUCGCGCUCCCAGCCCUACUGUACCAUUCCGCCACUAUCCAAGCAGGAGCCGCAGCCAUGUCAGUCGUGGGCGGACUGCUGAUCUACGGAACGAUCAUUAGUUUCACGCUGUUCUUCCAGGAAGAUCAAGAAUUCUGACUACAAGGCCGGAACGAUGAAUGAAGAGGAUGCCACAGAGUAGAAGAUGGCGAGUGAAGCGCUGCAUUACUCCUCCGACUGCUUCUCGCAUCAGAGCAGCCUGCCGUUCACAAGAUGCUUGAUAGGGAAGCGAGGUAGCGCCAUGGAUUGGCGGCUGUGCAUGGGUUUCCAACAUCUUGAGCGUUCAUGUAAACUAUCUUGUCUAUGUUGCAUUGAUCGGACAGUCCUUGUUCAUAUCGCUCAUGUUAAGUGCCUAAUGUAUUUCAUAUAAGAACCACAUCUUC